AUGAAGCAAUCAGUAUCUUGCAGAGAGGUUUUUCUUUUGCUUGUAUGCAGAAGGGGGGUUACUAUUGUGCGCCUUGAUCGAGCGGUCGCAGCUGAUUUGAAAAAUAUAAAAGGAUAAUAACAAUAAUAAAAAAGAACCCAGAAGAAUAUAAUAGGAGGAGGGCAACCGGCUGUUUUGCAUUUGGAUUCGGCGCUGCAGUGAAAAGCCUUUGAAAAAGUGUGUGUGUUCUUUUUCACUCGUGCAUGCACAAAUCGACGGAGUAUAUUAGAUCCAAGUGAGGCGGCCCCAGCUUCGAGUUUGCAACUGAACAGUGACCCAGCAACACGGGAAAUUAGAUAGAAGGCAUGGUUUUACAAAGAAGUGCGUGCUGGGCUACUUUUUCCUACAGAGUCAUCCUUUCAUUAGUGUGUUUGCGGACGCAGGUAUCCUUAGCGGCUGGGCAGUUUGAGCUGGAGAUCAUACUGAUGCAGAACGUGAACGGCGAGCUACAGAACGGGAACUGCUGCGAUGGCUCUCGGAACACAGGCGAGGACCGCAGGUGCGAGCGGGACCCCUGCGACACUUACUUUAAAGUCUGUCUCAAGGAGUACCAGUCUCGGGUAUCUGUGGCAGGACCCUGCAGCUUCGGCUCCAGGAGUACCGAUGUCAUCGGUGGCAAUAGUUUUAAUUUCAAGCAAAGGAAUAACGACAAAGCACGGAUUGUAUUCCCAUUCAGUUUUACUUGGCCGAGAUCUUACACUUUGGUUCUGGAAGCGUGGGACCACAACAAUGAGACAAACAAUCCUGAUAACGUUAUCGAGAAGUCAUCCUAUUCUGGAAUGAUCAAUCCCAGUCAACAGUGGCAGACACUCAGACACAAUGGUGGUGUUGCCCAUUAUGAAUAUCAGAUCCGUGUGAUUUGUGAUGAGAACUACUAUGGCUUUGGUUGUAACAAAUUAUGUCGACCACGAGAUGAUUUCUUUGGACAUUAUACCUGUGACCAGAAUGGCAACAAAACUUGCAUGGACGGAUGGAUGGGACUCGAUUGUAAUCGAGCUAUCUGCCGGCAGGGCUGUAGCCCCGAACAUGGCUCCUGCAAAUUUCCUGGAGAAUGCAGAUGUCAGUAUGGUUGGCAAGGACAGUACUGUGAUAAAUGCAUUCCACAUCCUGGCUGUGUCCAUGGUACAUGCAGUGAACCGUGGCAGUGUCUGUGUGAAACCAAUUGGGGUGGUCAGCUUUGUGACAAAGAUCUUAACUACUGUGGAACUCACCAGCCAUGUUUAAAUGGUGGUACCUGUAGCAACACCGGGCCUGACAAGUAUCAGUGCUCUUGCCCUGAGGGUUACUCUGGAUUGAACUGUGAAAUUGCUGAACAUGCUUGUCUUUCUGAUCCCUGUCACAAUGGGGGAAGUUGCUUAGAAACUGCAACUGGGUUUCACUGCAUUUGUGCUCUGGGCUGGACAGGACCUGCCUGCACUAUUGAUAUUGAUGAUUGCAGUCCAAAUCCUUGUGGUCAUGGUGGUACCUGCCAGGAUCUUGUUGAUGGCUUUAAAUGCAUUUGUCCCUCUCAGUGGACUGGAAAAACAUGCCAAUUAGAUGCAAAUGAAUGUGAAAGUAAGCCAUGUGUGAAUGCAAACUCAUGCAAAAAUUUGAUUGGCAGCUACUACUGCGACUGCAUACCUGGUUGGGCUGGUCAGAACUGUGAUAUAGACAUAAAUGAAUGCCAUGACCAGUGCCAGAAUGGAGGAACUUGUUUGGAUUUGGUUAAUGGCUAUCGCUGUAUCUGUCCAGCUGGCUUCUCAGGAGAACACUGUGAAAAAGAUAUCAAUGAAUGUGCGAGCAGCCCUUGCCUGAAUGGAGGCCGCUGCCAAGAUGAAGUCAAUGGAUUCCAAUGUCUUUGUCCUGCUGGUUUCUCAGGAAACCUCUGUCAGCUGGAUAUAGAUUAUUGUGAACCCAAUUCCUGUCAGAAUGGAGCACAGUGCUUCAAUCUGGCCACCGACUACUACUGCAGCUGUCCUGAAGACUAUGAGGGAAAAAACUGCUCUCACCUUAAAGAUCAUUGUCGCACCACAACUUGUGAAGUAAUUGACAGUUGUACUGUGGCACUGGCCUCCAACAGCACCCCAGAAGGAGUUCGAUACAUCUCUUCGAAUGUUUGUGGCCCUCACGGAAAGUGCAAGAGCCAAGCAGGAGGCAAAUUCACAUGUGAAUGCAACAAAGGGUUCACCGGCACCUACUGUCAUGAAAAUAUAAAUGACUGUGAAAGUAACCCCUGCACAAAUGGAGGAACCUGCAUUGAUGGUGUGAAUUCCUACACAUGUAUUUGCAGUGAUGGAUGGGAAGGUGAUUUCUGUGAGACAAACAUAAAUGACUGCAGCAAAAACCCUUGCCGUAAUGGAGGAGUUUGCCGAGACUUGGUUAAUGAUUUUUAUUGCGAAUGCAAAAAUGACUGGAAAGGGAAGACUUGCCAUUCCCGUGAUAGCCAGUGUGAUGAAACUACUUGUAAUAAUGGCGGGACAUGUUAUGAUGAGGGAGACGCCUUCAAAUGUCUGUGCACACCUAGAUGGGAAGGUGCUACCUGUAACAUAGCAAGAAACAGUAGCUGUUUACCAAAUCCUUGUCAGAAUGGUGCAACUUGUGUGGUGAGCGGCGAUUCCUUUACGUGUGUUUGCAAAGAAGGCUGGGAAGGCCCGACUUGUACUCAAAAUACUAAUGAUUGCAACCCUCAUCCAUGUUACAAUAGCGGCACUUGCGUAGAUGGCGACAACUGGUACAGAUGUGAGUGUGCUCCUGGCUUUGCCGGUCCAGACUGUAGGAUAAAUAUCAAUGAGUGCCAAUCCUUCCCAUGUGCUUUUGGGGCUACCUGUGUAGAUGAAAUUAAUGGCUAUCGCUGCAUCUGUCCUGCUGGCCGUAGUGGUCAAAGAUGCCAAGAAGUCACAGGGCGACCCUGUAUCACCAGUGGGAGAGUAAUGUCAGAUGGUGCCAGAUGGGAAGAGGACUGCAACACCUGUCAGUGCCUAAAUGGAAAAGUAACUUGUUCCAAGUUGUGGUGUGGUCCAAAACCCUGUCAUAUACUUGGUAAGGGUCGAGGAGAGUGCCCCGUAGGACAACAUUGUGUUCCCAUCAAGGACGACCAUUGCUUCACUCCUCCAUGCACUGGAAUGGGCGAAUGCCGGCCUUCAAGUCUGCCUCCAGUGAAGAAGUGCAAUCCAAACUCUAGCUAUCAAGAUAGUACUUGUGCUAACAUUACUUUUACCUUCAACAAAGAGAUGAUGGAACGGGGUCUCACCACAGAAAAGAUUUGCAGUGAGCUGAGACAACUAUACAUUCUGAGAAAUCUUUCGGCAGAGUAUACAAUUUACAUCACGUGUGAGCCCUCACACUCUGCAAACAACGAAAUUCAUGUAGCCCUUAUGACCGAACACCCAAGGCAGGAUCGAAAUAUGAUUAAAGACAUAACUGAUAACAUCAUCGAUCUUGUAAGCAAACGUGAUGGAAAUAAUACCGUCAUCGCUGCUGUUGCAGAAGUAAGAGUACAGUGGCCCAAGCGCAACAAAUCAGAUUUCCUGGUACCUUUGCUGAGCUCCAUUUUAACAGUUGCUUGGAUUUGUUGCCUGGUAACUGCCUUAUAUUGGUGUGUUCGCCGAAGAAGAAAGCAAAGCACCCACAGUCACACAGCUUCUGAUGACAACACCACAAACAAUGUUAGAGAACAGCUAAAUCAAAUAAAAAAUCCCAUUGAAAAACAUGGAUUAAACAGCAUCCCCAUUAAAGACUACGAAAACAAAAAUUCCAAAAUUGCUAAAAUAAGGACCCACAAUUCUGAAGUGGAAGAAGACGACAUGGACAAGCACCAGCAGAAACCUCGUUUCACUAAACAGCCAGCUUACACACUGGUUGACAGAGAUGAAAAGACACCCCACAGUACACCGACAAAACACCCAAACUGGACAAAUAAACAAGACAACAGAGACUUAGAAAAUGCACAGAGUUUAAACAGAAUGGAAUACAUCGUAUAGCAGACAGCUGUGCUGUCAUGCAGAGCUCUUCAGUAAAUAGCUGAAAAGCUGGACUCUUUAGUUAAACUGUUGUGUCAUAUUCGAGUCGAAGGCUAUUAUUUACCUAGGAUGUUUGUGUUAAUUUAAGUUUUUGACAUGCUGGCUUACACUGGCUAUGAUAGUUGCUGUGGUUGGCAGGAAUAUAAAGUGCUGCAUUUCACUUUUAUGCAAAACUAGUCGAAAGUGCCCUAACAUACAUCCAGCCUUGGCUGCUGCUGCAUCGUUGGAAAUGUAUGUAUCGCGCAACUGUUUCAGACUGUAUUGCAUAUUGCCUUAGUAAUUCUUCCCAAGUUUCUUCUAUUGUCAUGUAUCAUAAAUUCUUGCAUCUUAAGAAAGAGUAUUAAUUUUUUAUUUAUUUAUUAAGUAUGACUUUCAGUUCUUUGUGUAUUUCUUUGUUUUUUAUGAUAAUGUACAACUAGUUCUGUAUUUGAAAAGUGCCUUUCCAGCUUAUAACCACAUCAACUAUCAGUAAAUGGUUAUUUAUUUUUUUUUAUUGUAUUUGUGUUGGGGAGGGGGGUACCAGCAGUUGCUGGUAAAAUGAAGAAUUUAAGAGGAAAAGUGUCAAAAGUAGAUGUUUGUAUAGAUAUGUAAAUAUUCUUUUUAUUAAUCACUGUGUAUAUUUGAUUUAUUAACUUAAUCAAGAGCCUUAAAUAUCAUUCCGUUUUAUUUAUGUGUAGAUUUGAAGGUUUCCAAUAGCUGUGUAAGCUUACUGCUCCUUUAUUAUGAUUUUCUUUCUUACAUGUUGCUUACAUGCCAAAUUGAGGUGUUCUAAAAUAGUUUAUUUUUUAACACUAAGGCAGGAUUUCAUGCCUUAAGACUGUUUUGUACAAUGUGGCUUUGAUGCCUUGAAACUUUUUUUUGUACAGUGUCGGAUGUUUGAUAAUGUUUGAAAUAAUUUCUGUAGUUUCCGUUUUUCACAAAGACUUUCGUAGCUCUCAACUGAGGCAGUCUGCAGAGAACAAAGUUCAAAAAAGGAAAAAGAUAAUUUUGCUGCUUUAGAGUUGGAAAAGAUACUGUGACUUUUUGGUCUUCAGAGUUUAAGGGAACAAACAAACUGAACUAUUUUUUAUUUUUUUUAUAAGUUGUGAGUGGUUGCAUGUAAUUAAAAUGUAAAAUUAGUGUGUGGAGCUGGAGAGAAACAUAAGCACAGCACAUUUCUUUAUUUUGUAAAUUCAUUUUUCACCAUGAAUAUUUAAUACUGAACCACUUGUAGAUUUAUUUUUUAAUAACCUGCUGCAACUAGGGACUAUUCUAAUAAGCUAGAUGUAGAGAGGAACCAUAGAAUGCCCACCAAAAUCAUUGUGUAGAGUUGCCACAGAUUGUACUGCCUGCCUUUGCAAAUGAGGAAAUCAAAGUGCUUUAAUAUUCAAGACCUGGUUAAAAAGUGCUCCAUUACCUUUGUCUGCUCAUUGGCUACCCAUUGAGGACAUGCAAAUGUUUGUGUAUUUGUGACAUUAGUGUUAUAUGAAUAUGAAAAUACUUGUUUUUUUUCCCUGGCAAUAAAUUUUUGGAAAGUAAUAUUUAUUAAAUAUUUUAUAUGAAAACCUA